UCAUUGUCACCCUGUGCCCUGAGCUGGAGUAUGAGUUGUCAAGAGUAAGAGUAUCACUAGGUCUCCAGCCUCUCCGAGCAGAGCUCAGCAAGCCCAGGUUCAUGGCAUGCUACAAGGACAAGGUUUAUGUGGGAGAUUUAGGGUUGAACUGUGUGUAUGAAGUGAACUACACCACCGGAUGUUUGCUGAAUACAUUUGGCAGCGCAGGAACAUCUCCCGGGUGUAUGGUAGAUCCCUCGGGAAUCACUUGUGACCCUGAUGGCAACAUUUAUGUUGCUGACAGUCGCAAUCACAGAAUCCAGGUAUUUGAUUCUUGCAGAAGAGUCAUUUGCAUCAUUGAUGUAGACUACCCACUCAAUCGUCCUUCUGGAAUAUAUUUGACCAGAAAUGAAAAUCUGUUUGUGCUCAACUAUUGGGCUAAUUCUCUGGCAAAGUAUCGCUUAAAAUAUAAAUACAUCUGAGUACAUGUUCAUGAAUAUAUAAAUCAGUAGUAA